AUGACCACACUCUCCUCCUUCCCCGAAGAACUCCUCGAACGCAUCCUCGCCCCAUGCGUCCUCUUACCCCUCCCACCCACCACACCCACACCCCGCCCACAAUGGCACCACCGCUCCUCCCCCUCGCCCAUUUCCUCCUCAUCCUCUUCCUCACCCACACGCACCCGACUCGCCCCUCUACUAGUGUGCAAAACCUUCCUCCGAAUCUGUACACCCCUAUUCUACCACACCCUCCACAUCUCCUCCAUCCCUCAACUCCAACGUCUCUUACGAGCGAACCCGACACUGGUAUCCCACACCCGCGAGGUGAUCUUGGCCCCCGGGACGAUAUCUACGGAGGCGGGGGAGCUGUUAAGUCUAUGCACGGCGCUGCGAUACCUCGAGAUGUCCGUCGAUGCGUGUUCUUCCAAUUUGGUGGUAUCGUUUGGGUAUAGGGACCUGGACGCGGAAGAGUUCACACGUCAUUUGUGCAGCGUUCUUCGAAGAGGGAGCAUCACCCACCUCGUGUUACGAAAAUCUGCGAAUGUGUAUUUGACGAAGCAUAGGCCGAAGUACAUACUCACACACCUUGCCGAGGCCUUGGAGGGGAACGAUACUUUGGAACACGUCGAACUAGCAUUCCGAAUCUCAGACGACACCCACUCCACAUCCGGUCCAGGGCCCAUAUCCCUCUUAACAAAAACACUAAGCACCCUCCCUCGCUUACAUACCUUCUCAACGCACCUCCCUAGUUUAUGGAACCAAGCCAUCCUGUGCGUUUCCUCCAACCCCAGUUUGGAACGCAUCGUGUUGGGGGAUUCUUCUACGGGUGCCCAAGUAUUGGGAACGGGGAUAUUUUUCACUCAAGCAAGGAAACAUGCUAGGCUAAGCGAGCUUAUAAGGAAUGGGACGGCGAUCGUGAGGACGCGUGCGCAGACGAUACCGCCGCUUCAGACCUCGCCCCUAAAUUUGGGUGCGUUGAACAUGAUAAACACGGGUUUGGGUUCCCCCGCUGCUGGUGUGGCGUGUAAUUUACCGUUGGGGUUAGGGUGCGACUCCCCUUCGGAGUACAACCCCACCAUGGGUACGAGCACGUCACGCUCGGGGUCGGGGUAUACUUCGGCGCCUACUACGCCGAGCGAUUCUAGGCCGGCGUGUGGGUCGAGGAUCCAUCAGUAUCAGGGGAGAGAACAACAGUGGUCUCGUCCGGUGUUGGCCUCACCUUCUUCUUCCUCCUCCUCUUCCUCUUCUUCAUCAUCGUCGUCGUCGUCGCACUCCCCCUCCCCAUCAUCCUCGAACUCGAACUCGUCAAAUUCGAACCCGCACGGAAGCCUAAGCGCGGCAGGCCGCCUCACGGCGUCUACGUCUUGGGAGUCGUUCGUGAGCGGGACGCCGCCGCCUCGGUCGCCACGGUGUCAGCUUCAGUAG